AUAAAUACUGACAGGGCAUCAUAGUUCAGUGAGUAUUCACAGAGAGAGAGAGAGAGAGAGAGCUGUCUAUCUGUGUCUGUGUUUGUGUUUGGGGGGGAGAGAGAGAGAGAGAGAGAGAGAGUGAGUGAGUGAGUGAGAGAGAGAGAGAGGAUCAAAGAUGGAGGUUGGGUUCUUGGGGCUGGGCAUUAUGGGGAAGGCCAUGUCGAUGAAUCUGCUCAAGCAUGGCUUCAAGGUCACUGUUUGGAACAGAACCCUCUCCAAGUGCGACGAGUUAGUCGAGCAUGGUGCUUCAGUAGGAGAAACCCCGGCUGCAGUGGUCAAGAAAUGCAAGUACACGAUCGCCAUGUUAUCUGAUCCUGCAGCUGCUCUUUCGGUUGUUUUUGAGAAAGACGGGGUUCUUGAAGCAAUUUGUGGUGGGAAAGGUUACAUUGACAUGUCCACUGUUGAUGCUGAGACCUCUACCAAGAUUAAUGAGGCUAUCACAGCAAAGGGUGGUUCUUUCCUUGAAGCACCUGUCUCAGGUAGUAAAAAGCCGGCAGAAGAUGGGCAGCUCGUGAUUCUUGCCGCUGGAGAAAAGGCAUUGUAUGACGAAGCUAUCCCGGCUUUUGAUGUCAUGGGGAAGAAGUCUUUCUUCUUGGGCCCAGUUGGAAAUGGUGCAAAGAUGAAGCUCGUUGUCAACAUGAUAAUGGGCAGCAUGAUGAAUGCCUUCUCAGAGGGACUUGAACUUGCUGAUAAGAGCGGACUGGAUCCUCAAACUCUUCUUGGCGUGUUGGAUCUUGCUGCUAUCGCGAAUCCAAUGUUUCGGCUUAAGGGGCCAACCAUGAUACAGGGGAACUACUCGCCGGCUUUCCCACUGAAACAUCAACAGAAGGACAUGAGGCUGGCUCUCGCCCUUGGAGAUGAGAAUGCCAUUUCAAUGCCAGUAGCCGCCGCGGCCAAUGAGGCUUUCAAGAAAGCAAGGGGCUUGGGUUUAGGCGACCUGGACUUCUCUGCGGUCCAUGAGACCGUGAAGCCACUCAAACCAGCUUCGUCUUGAUAAUGAUGUCUCACUGAAAAUCUUUUGAUAAAGUUAGAUCGGUCUUCGAGUCGGAGUUUUCAUGUUCAGGUGAAAUAUACGAGGCCGGGUGGCGAAGAUGGUGUUCUCACCCAAGUAUAAGAUUUCUAGGGUUGAUUUCAUAGUGAAAAGUGUGAGCUUUACUUUGAUAAAACUCUUUGGUAUCUUUUAAGCUCAUUAAGGCUUGAGAAGCAAUCCUUGGCUGUUGUUUCUCA